CUACUGAAGGCACUUCACGAUUCACAGCUGAGCCUUUGGUUGAUUACUCGGACACCGAAGAUGAAGUUUUGUGUUCUAAAAUUAAGACAUCUUAUAAAAAGAGAUCUGUGAUUCAUGAUGAUUCGGAUGAUCUCUUUGAAAAUUCGAGUGUAAAUGGUAAAGAUGACCAAGACAUUCAACGUGACGUCAGACGGAAUCAUGCAUCAUUUGCAAUGAGUGAACAACAUUCCGCUUGUACCACAGCAUCCAAAAGAGCAAAAAACACAAGAGCUAGAGGGAAGAUCGCGGAGUACUCGGAUGUUUCGAGCGAAGAUGAGUUAUCUGUUAGUGAGGAAGAGUACAUUCCUGAUACAUCAGAGAGUUACACAUCAGAUAGUAGCAUGAGCUUUACUGCUUCACCAAAGGGUAAAGAAAAAAAGUUACAGACUUUGCCAGUCCGGAGCAGUUCAGCUGUGAACAGAAUCAAAAAGUUCAGUAUUCAAAGCAGCGGUGACUUAGGGAGCUCCCAGAACCACGACAUAGCCAAAGUUCCUGACACAUCUUCCAUUCUUGACAGCGCAACAUCAGUAGUUAUCCCAGCUGUAAUUAAAAAGAGAGGUGGAUUGAGAAUGUACAGCAAAAAACAACAGUGCUUUUUUUGUGAAGGUGCUUUUACAAAAAUUUCUAGACACCUGGAACGAAAGCAUAGAAAUGAGGUAGAGGUAGCAAAAGCGUUAAGUCAUCCAAAGGGCUCAAAAGAAAGGAGGAUGCAACUUGAGUAUCUACGUAACAAAGGGAACUUUGCUUACAAUAGUACUGUUAUUAAUACAGGUGCAGGACUGAUGAUUCCGCGGAAACUGCCCAAAAAGAACCUGGAGGGGGAAAGUUUUAUGCACUGCAUUUACUGCAAAGGACUCUUCUUAAAAAAAAAACUUUGUGGCGACAUGUCAAGGUUUGCAAAUUCAAGCCUGGUGAUGAGAAGCCGAAACCUGGAAAAACCCGUGUCCAGGUUCUUUGUGGCUUUGCACAACCUCCCCCACCAGGAGUAACUCAUGGUGUUUGGAAGCUGUUAAAUUCCAUGAACCA